AUGGUUGAGUUUUUGACGUUUGUGGUUGGAUUUUUUUGGAAUCUUGGUGGAUGUUGAUAAUUUUUUAAUAUUUGUAUUUGUACUAUACAAAUAACUUAAGUCAUAGAUUAAAGUGUUAAGUAGUAAAGAAUAACAAUAAAUUUAUGUUACAUUGUAGAAAAGAAAAAUAAAAGGAUGUCUUCUGAAACGACUCAAGUUAGUUCGUUGCCGUUACCUCCAUUGCAAUACAUCAAUUUUUAUACUGACGAAAAUGUUCGUAGAAAUAGGGCUCCGUUGCCACCACGGCCUAUUCAUGACUCCUACCAAAUGUUUGGUCAUACAUUCAAUGCAGAUGAUACAAUUAUACGUUCCUUGGAAAGUCAGGGUUUCCGUCGCCUUUACCCGAUGCACUUUGAAAGGAGAAGAGAAUUGAAGAAACUGAACCACUCGUUAUUGGUUAACUUUUUAGAUCUAUUAGAUUUAUUAGUUCAUUGCCCAGAUUCACCAAAGAGAGCUGAAAAAGUUGAAGAUCUUAGUCUGCUAUUUAUACACAUACAUCAUCUGUUGAAUGAGUUCCGACCACAUCAGGCCAGAGAAACACUCCGUGUGAUGAUGGAGUUACAGAAGAGACAAAGAGUGGAGACUGCUAUGAGGUUCCAGAAACACUUGGAUAAAGUUCAAGAUAUUUUACAAAAUGCAUUACAAAGUUUGCCAGAUCAGAAUGACAUUGAGUCUAAUUUUAAAGUACCACCAGAAAUAUUGGAUCAUAUGGAUUGUAACCCAAGUGACAAUGCAAAUGCUGAUCCAUGCUAUGAACUUGAUAGAAUCAUGUGUAAUAUUGUAGAUAAUAUGAGAUAGCUAUACAUAUUUGUUUCAAAUCAAUGAUUAUUAUUAAGGUAAAAAAAAGUAAUUAAUGCUCAUUUACGUGAUACCUGUUUCUUCAAAGCAAAUAUUGUAUACUUAUUUUAUAAUUGCUUGUAAUUUUUUUCAAGAAACUGGUAAAAGUGAAUGAAUGCAUUACAAAGUGAUGCAAUAGGUAAACCAUAAUUGAAACUGAAUAUCUAAAUAGAGAUUUUGUAAUAUAUUAGAAAGGGGUCUCCUUUCUAAUAAUUAGCUGCUUGUUCUUUGAUUUUCAUUCUUGAAAAUAAUGAAAUGCCUUUCCUUUUUAAAUAAAAUUUUGUAAUCAUA